AUGAACAAGACAAUUCUCAUUGUGCUUAUUCACGGCUUCAAGGGCGAUGAUGCUACAUUUGGCGAGUUUCCAGAGCAUCUCCGUGCACUGAUUAGACGGAAACUUCCCGCCAUCAAAGUCGUUACAAUAGUAUAUCCCAAAUACGAGACUCGGGGCGAUUUGAGAGAAAGCGUGAACAGGUUCCGCGAAUGGCUGCAAGAUAAAGUAAUCGAUUUGGAAGUGGCAAAUCGGACUGCUUCGCCUACUGUUGACCCCUCUGUCCAUGUCUUCCUGGUUGGCCAUUCGAUGGGUGGCAUAGUAGCAGCGGAUACACUUCUGCUAUUGGCAUCAGAACGACCCUUGACUCCCGAGGAGCCGCUGGAUGAUGAUGAUGAUGCAUCAAGUCAAAUAUCGGCAAAUUCACACGAUUCGACGGUUGCUCACUGCCCCCGCCUCGUGGAACCCAGUGAUUAUAUGUUCCCUCAUGUCCAAGGCGUGAUUGCAUUCGAUACUCCUUACUUGGGAAUAGCACCGGGAGUUGUUUCAUAUAAUGCUGAAGGACAUUAUAAAACAGCCACGUCAGCAUACAAUGCGAUAUCAGAAGUGGCUGGCUUUUUCGGAUGGGGGAAGAGUAAUAACGACACUGCGGCCAGUCAACAAAAAGAAGCAGUGACGACAACAGUCACCCAAACAUCGACGGGCCAAACCAGCCAUGCCACAGAUGCUGCCGCCACGCCGUCCUGGCAACGAUGGGGUCGAUACGCUAUGUUCGCGGGAGCUGCAGGCGCCGUCGCUGCAGGCGGAGCAGCAGCAAUGUAUACUCAACGUGACCGCCUAACAGAUGGAUGGGGUUGGGUAUCGUCUCAUUUAUCGUUCGUUGGGUGCUUAGCUCGUCCCGCAGUGCUACGUCGACGCCUAGCUCGCUUAUCAAAGGUGCGCCGAGAACGCAACAUAGGCUGCACAAAUUUCUACACUGCACUAGGUCAGGGUGCAGACCCACUGGUGGAGACAACGAACGAAGGACAGACUCAAGUUGGCCAAAAAAUCAUACGCUCGAAAAACCGCACCUUUUGCACCCUCCCCACCGAAGAAGAAGAGGCAGAGCUGGGACUGGGAUGGGUCAAAGCCCAAAACGACCAAGUCAAGAACGAACUCAGUGCCCAUGUCAGCAUGUUUUCCCAGAAGGCAAACCCGGCUUUUCAGAAGCUUGUUGACCAUGCGGGUAAAUUGCUGGUCAAAUCAAUUGACAAGGACUGGUACGCUUCUGCAAGGGGAUCAAUUGAAGGAAUCAACGAGGGAUCUUCACGCCUUCGACUUGAAGACAGUGGCCGCCGUCGAUAUGAAGGCAGUGGUCGCCCUCGAUUUGAAGACGGUGGUCGCUCUCGACAUGAAGGCAGUAGUCGCAGCAGUCGUCACGAGAGUAGUCACAGCAGUCGCAGUAGUCACCAUGGCAGCAGUCGCAGCAGUCGCAGCAGUCGUCACGGUAGCAGUAGUCACGUCACUCGUGUCAGCCGCCCGGGGAAUCGUCGAAGAGACACAGAUAGCCCAUUCAUGAGUGGGGAUGAUGUUGUGAUGAUCAAUUAA